CGUCAUGGCUGUAUCCCCAGGACGUUAUUCCAACGGCGCCUACUACAUCGUGGCCGGAGCGGAAGUUAACAUCACGUGCACUGUGACGUCAUCAGAUAGAACUUCUUCUGAUCUCGUAAUCUCCCACGGCAACUACGAGACUAUCAUUCUGAAUAGCACCAGCAUAUCCUGUGUCAUACCACACAUCAAUGAAUCAAUGAACUUUGCUUGUUGCGUCGACCAUUGUCUUGGUCCGACUGAGCCGAGCUUUAGUGGCAGUCACCAAUCCUCCGUCAAUAUAGAGGCUGGCAAUCUUCCUGCGUACGAAAAUUUCUCCUGCCACGCGUUCGUUGAUGAGAAUCUAACUUGCACGUGGUAUGCGGACAGAAGCAUUUGGACAAUGCAGUACGGCAUUUUUGACAACACUCCCAAGAAGAAUGCCAGUCUGUGCCGGAAUGUGAUGUGCCAGAGUUCCUGCGAGUUGAGUGUUGACAGUCAGUAUAUCUGCAGGACCGGCACCCUCCUCUCUCUCCCCUACCACAUCCUGCUGACCGGCCACAACGACUAUGGGGUGACCGAGUACAAUGUGUCAGUGGAAAGGAGCAUGUUCGCCACAUACAGAAGGCUGUCUAGCGCCAGUGUCCAGAGCGUAGGUCCAACAUGGAUGAUCAUUGUCUGGCACCAGCCUCGAGGUCAAGCCAGGGUGAAGGACGUCUACACACCUUCCUACAAGGUUACGGUCACUGCUGGAGGAAACGUUUCCGGGAUCAUAACCAACCAAACACACGCCCGUUUGUCAAUGCUACACCCUUACACAAACUACACUAUCUGCCUUGAAGCGAGGCCUAUCAGUGCCAUGCAUGGAAUUACCAAUGCUGUAUGGAGCAGAGCUGUCACCCUCCACCAACGCACAAUGGAAAGCAAACCAAGUCACCCGCCCAUGGUGUCACCUGCAGGCUACAGUUGGUCAAGUGACUCACAACUCACAGUUUACUGGAAGGCUAUUCCACACGAAAACAGGAAUGGCGAUAUUGUUAGAUACAGGGUCCAUAUUGACAAUGACACAGAUGCUUCUCACGUUCCUGGCGGUGUCUACUCCUACACGUGGAACAACGUCAACGCUGCUAUUGGCCACGUGGUCACUGUAGCAGGAGGGACAAAGCAGAACCUCUCCGACCCCAGUCAGGUGGUCAUACACCCGGCGAACACAGACUUGCCUAGAGUUGACUACGCCAUAGCAGAGAAAAUAUCUCCUUUCUCGUACAACGUCACAUGGAUUACGUCACAAAAAUAUGUAGACUACGUAACUGUCACGUGGUGUAGUGGCAACGACACUUUUUCCGUGAACAGCUUUGGUUGGACAACAUAUGCCAACACAACCAAACAAGUCACUGUGCAAAUUCAAGGUCACGCAAGCGUUGGCAUCUGGCUUGGCGUGUCCUUGACCUUCAGAAACCUCACCCAUGGCAUUAUGUGGAACAAGUGUAUAUUCGAUGUUGACGAAGAAAACCAGUCCCCGAUUCCUGAUGUUACGACGACAACAGAUGCAGUUCGUGUAGAAUGGGGGCACAUCUUCUGUGACAAGGAGGUGAUGAAGAGUCGGCCGUUGUUCUAUGUGGUUAUAUACACUUUAAAGCCACCACACAUGCCAUGCGUUUGUGAUCAGGGACCAAAUAUCACAGUAGCUGCACACUUCAACACUUCCGGUAUUAUUAUCGACAACUUACAAAUCUCAAAAACCUACUGCAUCUGCGUGCGCAUCCGUACCAAGCGGGGACUCGGACUUCCUAGUUCUCCUGUCAUUACACGACUACAGAGUCGGGACGGGAAUACAUUGAGUACCACGAUAAAGGUUCUCUUGGGCGUGUCCAUCGUCCCCAUCCUGGUAUUUCUCAUCCUAAGCAUCAAAUGGCUGUGUCGCAGGUAUAAACAAGCGUCAUACCCGAUAGAUUCGACCCUAUGGAAGGGGUUGCCACUGCAGCGCCAGGGAUCCAUACACCAGCCAAACAGCCCAUCCUGGAGUCCUGAUGCUCUACCCACACCUGCUUCAGACGUGGGGGUAGGUGAAAACAUGCUCCACCCAAGCCACGAGGGGGGCAUUGGACCAAAGUGUGAUAAUAUUCCCGUGGGUAAACACCGUUCGUCCAUAGAAGGACGCAAAUCACAACCAUCUCAUCGUGAAGAAGAAUCGAUAAGUGAUCGGGUUUAUGUGUCUAUUUCGUCUACCCCCGCGGCAAAGGUAGGGUACAAACCGUCUUCCAACCAUCAUGAGGGUAGGGGAAGGCGUGGUCUGGGUCUGAAGCCAACAUCUUCUGCGACAGAAGGGGAGCAAACGCAAUACCCCCGUCACACUCGAGAUCUGGGAUCCUCUUCUUCCAGAGUUAGGGAACGUUCCUCCAGAGAUGAUGAAGAUGUUCCUGUAGCUGGAAUACGACCAAACAAUACGGAUUAUGUGUUGGUGUCUACCUCUCAAGAGACAAACCUUGUUCGUGGUGUUGAACAGCAGAAAACUGGUAAAAAGGAUUCAGAAAUUCAUGUUGAAUAUAUCGCCAUCCCUGGUCGGUGGAGUGAGUGAGUGAGUGAGUGAGUGAGUGAGUGAGUGAUACCUUGUGUACAGCAAUGGUAAGAGUUGUCUGUAAUCUGUAUAAUUUCACCACUGUUUCACUGCAGACUAAGCAUUGCGCACCCAGAGAUUGUGUUGGACUGACUUCAGUCUAGUGCUUCUUAUGAUUCACUCAAGACAGUCAGAGCCGACGCGUCCUAAACGCCUUAUGUCACAGUAACCGAUGAUGGAAGGAAGCGUUGAAGGCGGUCAUUCAGCUCGAUAUGGCUAUAAGUGACUCAGCGAGUGGAGUUAUAAAAUCUUAAUCAUGGACGUAAAAACUGUGUCAUGAACGAAUUAACUGUGUAUCAUGGGUCCAAAAUGAGUGAACAUAUCAGCUGUGAG